AUGACAACUCAUGGCGAUGAUUCCAGCGUCACAGGCAGAGAAGGCACACGCACACGCAACCGCAUCUACCGCAUAAAACCCCACAUCCUGCCCUUCACCGACCACAGCAACACCCAAUCCUUACUCCUCUUCGAAGGCAGAGAAUCAUGUCCCCUCCCACCUCUCUACACCUUCUCCCUCUACUUCACCCACAAAACCGCAAACACCACCACCAUCCACCCACUCGACCUCUUCACCGCCAUCAGACGCGGCACCCCCCUCCAACACUACCCCUGCCCCUUCCGUCUAGAAUUCUCUUUCCUAUCCACCCCCUCCGCCCCUACCUCCGAUGAAACUUGUAUCUCGCACUACCGCGCCGAAAAACAACAUCGAGGCGACUACACUGCCCAACUCGCAUCCCGGACGCCUGGAUCUAGCCCGACGGGCUUACCUGGUUUUGUACCGAGUUACAUCGACAAUACCUCCUUCGAAUUCUACCACGGUCUCUUAUUCAUAUACCAAGGUGCGGGUUGGCGGACAGAAAAGGAAGCUAUGCGGUGUGAUUCUUUCGAUCCUAUUUCUCAGGACGAGUAUGAUGGGGUUGGGGAGGAAGGGGAGGAGGAGGUGCUAGAAGGGGUUGAAAUUGUAAAUCAGGUAGACAGAAGAUGUUUUGAUGUUGGUGUUUUUAUCUUCCAGCUCUACAUUCGAUAUUGCCCCUGA